ACUUCCAGUUCCAGCACGCUGGAGCCGAGUGGCGUAGUAUAGCGCUGGGUCUCUUGACGUCAACAGCUGAGUACUCGUCAGCUACCUGCAGGUGGAGCUAUGAUGAAGGUGACGUCACCAUCAUGGCGAUUGAUGAUGGUGCUGUUAGCAACAUUCGCCGCCGCUGCUGCCGAGUCCACGGCGUCAUCUGUUGAGUCCCUGCUGGGAUCCGCCCUGGGGUCCGACACGGUGAGGCAGGGAGUGAGCUGGAGCAAUAGUUUAGAGAAAGAGGAGAUGCUUCGCGACACCAAGAACAACAGAAGCACCAAGGGUGUAGGACACCAGAGGGUUAAACGGCAACUCAUUGACUUCGCCGACAACGCCGUCAUGGAGUUUUACUUUCGGCUGGUGGUGCCGUACUGGACACUGCCCAACGUUAAGACGAGGGGGGACUACCGCCUUGAGGUGACUUACGAGUUGCCCAACCAGUUACUGCGUCGUCGCAAGAAACGCUCGCUGGUGAAUGAGCGCUCAGCCCUCUACAGCCUCCUCGGGGACUUCCUCUCUAAGGCGGGACUAGACGGGGAGGAGUGUGUGUUGCGGGCGGUGUGCGAGGUGGGUGAGGCGCCUCUUGAAGAAUACGGCAUCCUUGGCGAGUUUAUCAAUCUCAUCUUCGCGCCGGGAUUCCAGGGUGAUGAGUUCCAUAGAGACCAUAUCCAGGCGGAGGAAUAUGGAAGGAGCUACGGCAAUUGCUGGUCUGCCUUCCCCGACUGCCCAAUGUCCUUGAGAGAAAUGCUCCAUGAAUUCUUCCUCAACAAUGCUGAAGUCCCCACAGAAAAUGGAACUUAAUUCGUUUUCUGUGAAGGAUAUGGAUAACUAUACUAUAAUAAGGUGGCUGCCUUUUGUGUGAAAAAGUAUUACGAAAGAACGAACUUAGUUGCGAACAACAGAUUCAUAGUAAAUCUCAGGAAUGGAGGGUUGUUUUUUAUUAAUUUAUUAUAUUUCUCAAUGCUUGAUAUGAAACAAAGUUAACAUUUUCUUUACGUAUGUGGAUCAAAUGUUGCCAUUGGAAUUAUACAGUGCAGAAAGUCUGUCAUUGAUAUAAAAAUCAGUGAAUGAAAUGUCAAGUAUGUAUGACUAAUAUUUAUAUGUUGGUUCUUAGGUACUAAAUACAACCAUGAUGCUUAGAAACGUAAUCAAUAUCGUUUAACACACUGUAAUAUAAUUCAUAUACUGUACAGUAGAUCGGGCUAAGGAUGGUUCCUCAGAGCCUAAGGUCUUGGAAUUAUUUGUUGAUUGUACAAAUUUGUUGACUUUUGUUGCUUUUUAAAAUGGUCCACUACAAAAAAAAUAAAAAAUAAUUUUAAAUAAAUAUAUAUGAAUAUUGUA